GGGGAGUAGAAGGAUAAGUUUAUACCGCCGCGACACAAAAUGCCGAACGCCUGGCAGAAACCAUUCAGCCGCAAGGAAUUCCUUGGGCCUGUUGCUCUAAGAGCUUAUGCAGCAGAAUUCUCCGGCAUGUUUUUCUUCCUCUGGGUCACCAUCGGAGUUGUUUGUAGCGGCUACUCAGCACUACAGAAGUCGUACAAAAUCACAUCCGGUGCAGAUAUUUACGACGCUAAUGACUACGCACCAUCAGUGUCGUGGGUGCUUACAGUUGCUCUAGCUUUCGGUAUGUCGAUUAUGGUACUGGUAUACUCAGUGGCCCAUAUAUCCGGAGGUCACCUCAACCCUGCGGUGACGAUGGCCAUGAUCGUAUUCGGCGAAAUCAACAUAUUCCGUGGUUUAAUAUAUAUAGUUGUACAAACUUUGGGUGCUACAGUGGGAGUUACCAUGGUGGAUGCUCUGUGGCCGGAAUCUACAACGAAUAGCCUAAACUUUGGGCUGAAUGGUAUAAACUCAGAGCUCAGCAUAGCGCAAGCUUUCUUCAUGGAGUUUUUUGGCACCGCUCUCGUAGUUUUUGUCAUUUUUGGCACAGCAGUGGACCCCAGGGGGUCUGAAUUUGCUCAUCACAACGCUCCUUUGGCCAUCGGAUUCGCGGUGUUUUUAGCACACAUUGUCCUGAUACCAAUGACUGGAUGCGGCAUCAACCCAGCUCGUAGCUUUGCCUCUGCCGCUGUCAGUGGUGUGUGGACAGAUCAGUGGCUUUACUGGGUAGCCCCACUUCUUGGUGGCUCGUUCGGAGCCGCAUUCAACUACUUUCCCUUUCAAUUCCGAAAUAAUCCCGACAACAAACACGGUAUCAUGGCUGAGGGUGCACAAGCCGACCCAGAAGAAGUUAUGAUGAAGAAAUCUAGAUCGAAGGUUGUUAUGAAAUCCGGUACCAAAGAGAUAGGUGCGGAACACCUCGUGCCACCUAUGCAAACUAUAGUGCCACCGGCCGAAAGAUAUUUGUCUGUUAAGGCGGAAGGUGCCCCCGAGACUCCACAUCACUCCGUGGCUAUCGACGGGUCUGCAGAUUUAUAGUAUAGUGAUCCCUACACUGGUCUGUACCUGCGUUUCUGCUUCUCGAGAGUCAGUUAUGUAUGUGACAGUUUAAUCACAUUUUCCAGAGCCGUAGCCAGCGGCGAGAUGGUUUUUGAGCUGCCCAGUCCGGCACAGUGGAACAGUACUGUAUGGAGAACAAGGGGUCAGGUUGUCUCCGACAAGUACUUCAAUUAGUUUCCAAGACACUGUUGCACCUGUGAAUAGCUGUAUAUAUAAGGGGAAUAUUCCAAGUAUUCUCCUAUCUAACUAUAUAUGGACAUUAAGUGUAGAAAUACGGAUACAUUCGUAUAGCCAUACGCCGAAUGCCCACGAUAGAUACAUGCUUUAUUAUACCAUAUAUACCCUCGUCCAGCAAACGGAAAGCUGCAAUAGACAAAAAUAAGCCUCAGGUAUAGUUGUACAGAUAUUGUGCACUCACAUCUACACGCACAAAUACAAACUAGUACACUGUAGGACAAUCAUACACGUAUCUCCACCU